UUUUCGAGGAGGUGCACGUCAACGAGUUCCUCUUCAUCAAUGUCUUCGGCGAGGCGCUGUUCAACGACGCCGUGUCGGUGGUGCUGUACAAGAUGUUCAGGAACUUUUAUGAUAUUGGGGCACCGAAUGUGCAGGCCAGCGACUACGGGAAGGGCGUCGUGUCGUUCUUCGCGAUUGCGCUGGGUGGAACGCUGGUCGGCGUCGUGUUCGCGCUGCUAGUCUCGAUCAUCACCAAGCACGCUGACCACAUGCGGAUUUUGGCCCCAAUUUUCGUCUUCGUCCUUCCGUACAUCUCCUAUCUCUUGGCCGACUCGCUCGGCAUGUCGGCGAUUAUGGCUAUCUCUGUCUGCGGCAUCGUGAUGAAGCAGUACGUCAAGGGAAAUAUUACCCCCGCCGCCGCCAACUCGGUCAAGUACUUUACAAAGAUGUUGGCACUGGGAGCGGAAACGCUGCUGUUCAUGUUCCUCGGCGUCUCGGCCAUCGUCACGCCGCACCACUUGGAUUGGGCGUUCAUCUCGUUCACCAUCGCUGCCUGCUUGAUUUUUAGGACGGUGGACCAAUUCAUCCUCUCCUACGGCGGCCUGCGCGGCGCGAUCGCGUUCGGGUUGGCCGUCUCGCUACCGGAUUCGAUGCCGGCAAAGAACAUGUUUGUCACCACCACGAUAGCCGUCAUUUAUUUCACAGUAUUAUUACAGGGCAUCACCAUCCGACCGAUCGUAAAUUGGCUGAAGGUCGAGCGUUCCGAAGGGCGACUAAGGACGAUGACCGAGAGCGUGUUCAUAAAGUAUAUCGACUACACAAUGUCGGGCGUCGAGGAGAUUUUCGGGAUUCGGGGCGAGCACUACAUCAGGGACAACUUUGAACGCCUGAACGCGAAAGUGUUGCGCCCGAUUCUGAUGCGCAACGAGGAGCGCAAAGAUUUUGAUGCUUCCGUAAUCGUCCGCGCCUACGCCAAGAUCACGCUUCAGGAGGCGCUCGAGCUCAAAUCAAAGUUGCCACUCGGGCGCAAGCAGAAAAAGCUCGAACUUUUCGACUCUUCAACGAACAGCGAGCGGAGCCCAGAAAGGAGGAGAAAGGAGACGAUGGCCACGUUGGUGGAAGACCCGGCAUCGGUGGAGGUGCUGUACUCGCUCUUCUCGGAGAUGUUGGAGCGAAAAAUGGCCGAAUUGGGCCGGGGCAAACGGUUGAGGCUGAUGGCCGAGCCGGAAGAGCUGCAAGACGAUUACAUGGCACAGAUGACUGUCACGAAUCUAAAAGCACUGCAGUCGACGCCUUCAACGAGUACGUCAAGUCUCCAACAGACACGACAAUACUCCGCCCCGUUCUCCGCCAACCAGGUGCACCCGCGGCUCGAGCUCGGACGGCGGAACAGCGAGGGCAGCACGAAAAAACAGGGUCCAAUCGUG